AUGCACAUGGCCACUGUGCACGCCUCCGGCCCCGAGGACCGAGGGAUCGUGGCCUGCGGACGGGAGCCCGAGGCGCGCUGUGACCCACCCCGCCUGUGCACGGCCAGUGUGACAGACCCCAGUGUGACAGAGACCAGUGUGACAGACCCCAGUGUGACAGAGACCAGUGUGACAGAUCCCAGUGUGACAGAGGCCAGUGUGACAGACCCCAGUGUGACAGAUCCCAGUGUGACAGACCCCAGUGUGACAGGCCAGUGUGACAGACCCCAGUGUGACAGAGGCCAGUGUGACAGACCCCCGUGUGACAGACCCCAGUGUGACAGGCCAUGUGACAGAGACCAGUGUGACAGAGACCAGUGUGACAGACCCAGUGUGACAGACCCCAGUGUGACAGACCCCAGUGUGACAAAUCCCAGUGUGACAGAUCCCAGUGUGACAGACCCUAGUGUGACAGACCCCAGUGUGACAGAGACCAGUGUGACAGACCCCAGUGUGACAGAUCCCAGUGUGACAGAUCCCAGUGUGACCGACCCCAGUGUGACAGACCCCAGUGUGACAGAGACCAGUGUGACAGAGACCAGUGUGACAGACCCCAGUGUGACAGAGACCAGUGUGACAGAGACCAGUGUGACAGACCCCAGUGUGACAGAGACCAGUGUGACAGGCCAGUGUGACAGAGACCAGUGUGACAGAGACCAGUGUGACAGAUCCCAGUGUGACAGAUCCCAGUGUGACAGACCCUAG